AUGGAUCCUAAUCAUUUUCAUUAUCAACAAGCUAUGUUCAAUUUCAUGCAAAAUUAUCAAAAUCCUAAUUCUCAAAAUUCUCAAAUUCCAUCAGUACCACCAAACCCCGCCAUAUUUUCACCAAACAAUCCAAAUAUGUAUCAAAAUUCUCAAGUUCCACCAUUUUCUACUCAAGUUGGUGUUGAAAAAGAAGAAAGGGUUCUCGUUAAAAAAAAAUCUCUAGAGCAAUUUACAAGGGAUGGGGAUAUAUGUCUUAUCCAAUCAUGGCUCAAUGUUUCAAAGGAUCCAAUUGUGGGAGUUGAUCAAAAAGCUGAGAGUUUUUGGCAUAGAAUCGCUGCAAAUUAUAACCAGUAUCGCGGGCAAUUGCGAGAAAAGUUAAGUGGUCAAUUAAAAUGUCGAUGGCAUCGAAUAAAUGCGUCGGUUCAAAAAUUUGUUAGGUGUUAUAGACAAGCUGUCAAUGGAAAGAAAAGUGGGACAUCGGAGAACGAUAUCAUGGCUGUUGCACAUGCUUUUUAUGCUCAAGAUCAAGGUACAACAUUCAAUCUUGAGUAUGCAUGGCGAUUGUUAAAAGGUGAAGCUAAAUGGGACAUCAUCGGAGAAUCGAUUGGAAAUUCUUCAAAAAUGACACAGACUUCUGCUAGUGGGGCAUCAUCGGAGAUCCCUGAUACACCUUCAAGUUAUGAGUUUAACUCAUCAUCAUCAAUGGAGCGUCCAAUGGAAUAA